AUGUAUUGUUUCCUUUGGGUGCCAGCCGUCCGUUCUGUUACAACGGCCAGUAGCGAAACCGCGGCAUCGGAUAUCAUUACGCAUAACCAUCCCACGGAACCGUUAGCCAAAUACAAUUUGAAGCUGGUGGCCAAACUUCGCAAUCCACAACACGUAAAGGAAGUGCUUCGACAAGUGUUGCGAGUCGUUGAGGACAUCAAGGCAGCCAAUCUUAAAAUGGACAUCACCAGCUACAAUGCGCUCCUUAAAGCUUAUGCUCAAGCGAAAGAAUCCUCGUUGGUUUUGGAAACCCUGAAAACGAUGAAAUCCCAAGGCGUCCAACCCACCGCUCAAUCGUAUGCAGUGGCGCUUGAAGUGUUUGCGAAGUCCGGCAAAAUCGAUACUCAGGAACAAAUCGUGCGGUUGAUGAAGGAAGAUGGUCUUGCCAUGACACCACAGACAUAUAUGCAGAUCUUGAAAGGGUAUUGUCAAGCCGGUAGCUUGAAAAACUCGUUGGCAACGAUGCAGGAGAUGAAAGACAACGGCAUUGAGGUCGGUUUGGCCGCUUACGGUUCCGUGAUCAAUUGUUGCUUCAAGUUGCGCAAAUCGCAAACCGCUUUCGAUCUGCUCAAGCAAGCGGAAGAAGAAAAUUUGGCCCUCAAUACUCGACCACAGAUCUACAUGGAUGUCAUGCGUGCAGCAGCCUGGAAUGACGAGUUCGAUAACAUGGUGUACUGCUGGAAAAAGACGAUUGAACAUUCGUUGCGUGCUGAUGAAGGCAGUUGUUUGGACAUCAUGCGUGUGGCGGCGAAAGCGGGCGAGACCGUUUUGAUUACUGAAGUGAUUGGCCAGCUGAGUAAGCUUGGAUUCACAUACAAGGAGCACUACUUUACGCCGUUGAUGGAAUCGUUUGUGCUCAAGGAUGACUGGAAGAGCGCUUUCCACGUACUGGAGAUCAUGCGAUCGUGCGGUGUUCACCCGACAAUGCGAUCGACCAUCCCUAUUCAGAGCAAGCUGUCCAAGGACAUCAAUGCGAUCGACGCGGCCUACUAUGUACUGGAAGAGCUUCACAACGAAGGCAUGAAAGUCGAUGUGACAGCGUUUAAUGUGGUGGUGGCGGCGUGCGCCGAGGCCAAGGAUCUGCAGCGUACAGUGGCCACUUAUCGUGAGGCUAGUAAUUUGGGAGUCACACCGGACGUGGAUACAUACAAUGCUGUGCUUGAAGCGUGCGUGCAGACGCGUAUGAAGGGUAUGGGCAACGUGGUGAUUGAAGAAAUGAAGAAGGCCGGCAUUGCCCCGAAUGUGGCGACAUACAGCCGUAUGAUUGCAUUAUCAUGUACACAGCAGAACUACGAAGAUGCAUUUACUUAUCUGGAGGAGAUGAAGGGUUAUGGUGUCAUCCCUCCUGAAUCCAGCUAUGUCGUACUGGUCAGAAAAUUGGCAGCGCAAGCGGACCCUCGAUUCUUUUUGGCACUUGAAGAGAUGGAAACCUACGGAUACCAGGUGUCACCGAAAAUAAGAGCAUUAUGGCGACAGUAA